AUGAACGGUCAACGGAACUUCGAGAAAUACAUCCGUGGCGUGUGUGUCGUGGAGAAUGGCGACAUUCUCCGCGGCCCCCCACGCAAGGUGAAGGUGUCCCUGCAUCACCUCGACGCCCCAGCGCCUCGCUGGUGCUGCUGCUGCUGGCCACGCACACCGAGCUGCGACAAGGUGGCCAAGUUUAAGUUCAACAAGCAGAAGAGCGAGGCCAGUCUCCAGAAGUACACGUCGGUGGAGACGGCCAUGUACAUGAACGGCAUGGUGUUCCAGGAGUACUGGAAGCCAGGCAAAGCGGCGGUGAAGGUGUCAGUCACGCAGCGGCGAGGAAAGAAGCUAGUCCUUUUCGCCCGCCUGACAACCUUCCUGGACGAGAUGCGGGACAGAGAAGCGGAGCAAUUCGUCCUCUACGUCACAGAAACUGGCUUUAAGAUCGUUACGAGAGAAAAGACGGCUUCAGGAGGCGAGGAGACGCACGCUCCUCAGAAAAAGACCAAACACGCGUCACGACAGAAAGGAAAACGCGAACAUUGCGAAAAGAAGGAAAAGAUCGACUACAUGACCUCUUUGUUAACCAGCUUUAAGGAGAAAAAAGAAGAACCCGCCCAAAUCUUAACACGUCCAGAGGUCGUGAAGUUGCCGCCAGUAAUCCCGAUGCUUGCAGUCCAAACCAACAACUUGACGGCAAGUCGCUGCUCUCCAUUCCACAAAGAGGCUCCUGCUGCACGGGAACAGCACACCACCGCAUCUCGUCCCGCUCUUCGCGAAUUGCAGCCGUCCAUGAAUCGUAACGAACAGCAAAGCACCGCAUCUUGUUCCGUCGUUCGCGAAUUUCAGCCGUCCAAGAACCGCAAAGAAUUAGAGAAGAAAGUACAGAUUGUUCAGGUUCAAGGAAAAGACAAGCGAGUCGUUGUGGGAGAGAAGAAAAAUCCUGUCGAAGGAAAGGAGACUGCGGCUUGGGAGGGAAAAGUUGAAAAGGAGGAGACGAACACUAACGAUGUGGAAAACGCCGCUUCUGAAACAAAAAACAGAGAUAAGGAGGAGAAAGACGAUACUGGGAAACAAUAUGAGAAGAAGAAAGAAGGGAACCAAGGAAUAAUGAGUGAAGUAAAGUUAGUUCAGGAAGAAGACGAUGAAAACUUUAUAAGUCAGGAAAAGAAUAAAGGUGAAGAAGAAGAAACCCUAGCUUGGGAAGACUAUGGUGAAGAUGAGACAGAAAAACUGGAGACGGACACUGGAGAUGUGGAAGGCAUCUCCGUAGAGAAGAACACAGAAAAGGAAGAUACAGAAAUUGAAAGAGAGUAUAUUACAGAGAAAGAAAAGGAACCAGGAAUAAUGAGUGACAUGCAGCUGGUACAGGAAGGAGACGAUGAAAAUCCUAAAGGAGAGAAACAGAAUCCACGUGUAGGACAGAAGACUGAAGCUUGGGAAGACUAUGAUGAGCAGGAGACUGGAAAGAAGGAGAUGGACGCUGAAGAAGUGAACAGCGUCCCUCCAGAGAAAGAGUAUACUGAAGAUGGAGAAGACUAUGAUGAGCAUGAGACUGGAAAGCAAAAGACGGAUGCUGAAGAGGUGAACAGCGUCCCUCCAGAGAAAGAGAAUAAUGAAGAUUGGGAAGACUAUGAUGUGCAUGUGACUGAAAAGGAGAUGGACGCUGAAGAAGUGAACAGCGUCCCUCCAGAGAAAGAGAAUAAUGAAGAUUGGGAAGACUAUGAUGAGCAUGUGACUGGAAAGGAAGAGACGGAUGCUGUAGAGGUAAACAGCGUCUCUCCAGAGAAAGAGAAUACUGAAAAUUGGGAAGACUAUGAUCAGCAGGAGACUGGAAAGCAGGAGACGGAUGCUGAAGAAGUGAACAGCGUCCCUCCAGAGAAAGACGAGGCAGAUCAGGAAGACAAUGAAAAUGCUGAGAAGGAAUGUGCUUCAGUGAAGGAAAAGGAACCAGGAAUAAUAAAUGACACGCAGUUGGUUCAGGAAGGAGACGAUGAAGACGCUCAGAGUGAGGGAGAGAAUCCAGCUGGAGAAGAGACUGACAUGGAAGAAGGUGACCACGAGACUAAGAAGGAGACGGACGCUGAAGAGAAGAACAGCGUUCCUGCAGAGAAAGAGAAUACAGAAGAGAAAGAGACACGAAAUAUUGAGAAAGGCGUUGAGAAAGAAGACCUUACAGAGAAAGUUAACUAUCCAUCUUUAGCCAAACAGAUGUCCUCAACCAAUGUCAUCCUGAAGAACAAGCCAAGGAGAGACAAGAUAAGGAAAGCCAUGCACCUGAGAAAGAGGAAAGAUUUGCCUGACUACAAGAAGAGCGUGAGCAGCAGGUGGAGGUGGUGGGGGACUUCCACAACAACACCGGUGGAGAAAAUGACGCCUGCAAAGAAUAUAGGGAAGAGCCAGAAUUUGAAAAAGAAGGUGUUGACAUGUCGCCACAAAAAGACAGUGAUGGGUAAUGCACCACCAACACCGGUGAGGAAGAUGACGCCGAGAAUGAAGGCAAAGAAGGAACUGGAUUUGAGCAAGAAAACAUUGCCGUGUAGCCACAAACGUAAUGUGCUCUCGCUGAAAAGAAACAGAAAAGCGUCAGGAGAGAAGAAAAAGCACUACAAGAGGAUAAAUCUGAAAUCAGUCCGCAGUAAGACUGACUCUCACCGCAGCGUCCCUGCUGAUUACAAACCCGAGCUGGAUUUAAGUGUACUGGAAUCACAGCCGCCACCCACAGGCCCCGCGCGAGUGAGGUGGGCCCGAGAGGUGGCGGCCCUCAGAACGCGGCUGCGUACCCGGAAACAGACUAGUGCGCGGAGCCUCGUUCACGGCUCGCAAGCAGCUCAUCGCUGA